AUGGAAGUGAGUUCGCCAAGGAGCUUCAACUGUGAUCCGAUUCCAUCACAGAGGUCACGAAGGAGACGAGGUCACAGCGGCGCUCCAACACCCAAGAGGGAGGCUAAACUCCCAGGAAGCACUAUAACAACUUCCAAGAAUUUGCUCAAUGUCACAGCCGUGACCACUUCUGAUGCGUUCGUCACAUCUGGGAAGGGAAGCAAGGGAACGGCACGAAAGACCCAAGGCACAACUAACCGGCCAAUGAUGGCCUUGCCAACUGACUUCAUCAUUGCCGUGAUUGUGACUAUAGUGGUUUUGGGGCUGUUGUUCUGGGUACUCGUGCUUAUGUGGGAGCGAAGACGGAGGACACAAAAAUGGGAGGACUACAAGAAAUACGAGCAGGAGCGUCGGGAAUACAAGCGUCAGAUGAAACUCAGAAGGAAAAAAAGCAAAAAAUUCAAAAAGAAAGGCGAAUUUGCCAGAAAGGAAGGGAGACUCCACAUGCCGACUGAGUUGCAAAGGAAGAAUAGGUUUGAUAAAUAUGCGAGAAUUUAUGCGAGAGAGAAAGAUAAAGUGAACGGAGCUUCCCAAGAAAAAGAUAAAGCUGAUAAACCUUUCAAAAAGGCCAAAACGCCUGAGAAAAAAGGCAGCCGAGAUGAAGACCGACUUCAAAAAGGUUCACGUUCUAAAGAAGGGGGCUCUCGCCAUUCGAAAGAAAAUGAGUCCAAACAGCCAUUGGAAAAGCGGGAAGAAAGCGCAGAACCUGCUGAUGUAAAGGAAAUAGAGCGAGCCAUCAAGGGUGGAAAGAUGUCAUUAGCAAGUUUCGAAAAAGACAUGCCCGAGAAAAUGAAAGGAGAAAUAGCAUCAAUGACAGCGAAUGAAGAAGAAGCGCCUGGCAAAAGAGAAGAAACGCCUGAGAAAAAACCGGGAGACCCUCAAGACAAAUGGUUACACGAAGAUUACUUGUUUUAA